AUGGCCUUUUUGAGCACUUUUGCAAAAGGGUCAACGUCUGUUGCUGCUGCUGCUGCUGCUGCUGGCGGCGUCAAGUUCCCCUUGGACGUGUCGGUUGCUGAGGCUGCAAUUGCUGCGGCUGAGGCUGCUGCUGGCACGUCUUCUGUGGAGCGCCGGGCCGCCGCCGUGCAGCAGCAGCAAGCAGCAGCAGCAGACGCGCAUGCAGCAGCAGCAAAUACUGAACGGCAGCUGCUGCUGCUGGAACGCAGGCUCUACAAGAAGGGCACAUUAGCCAAGUUGCGCACAGCUGUUCGAUUCACAGCCCAAAACCGCAUAAAGACUUUCUUGCAAGACGGCAGCCUAGCAGCAACUCCUCUCAGGGCCCCUGCUGCUGCUGCUGCUGCUGCUGCGCAGGGGACUGUGAGCGUGCAGGGGGGCUUGCUACGGUCAGCCCUGGCAUCUGCCGCAGCAGCAGCAGCAGCGGCUACAGCUGCUUCAAGCAUUACAGGAGGAACUAUGACAACAAUGGGGGCUGCAGCAGGCGCAGCAGCAGCAACUGCUGCAGCCGCGGCAGCGACGGGCGAGGCGGCUGCCAGUCUCUUCCCAGAAAGUCUGGGCCCCGGUGCUGCAGCAGCAGCAGCUGCAGCCGCAGCAGCUGCUGCUGCGAACGGCGAACCAGCAGCAGCUAACGGCUUUAACAUUUCCACUGCGACGCUUGCAGGCGUAGGCACAGCAGCAAACACGCCAGCAGCAGCAACAGCAGCAGCAGCAGAGGAGUCCAAAGAGGGCACUCGAAGGUGCCUCAGCGCCUACGGGGAGAGACAGCCAGCCCGCCUUCAGUGGAUGGGGUAUGGGGGGGACGAACUCAACGAGGCCAUCCGGCAGUUCAUGAUCCUGUUCGCUGCAGCAACAGAAAAAGCGGGCGCAUGCUGGCGGAACCGGGCUUUCGCGGGGACAGGCAGCAGGCCUCUAAAGGCAUGCAAAAAGCCGGGCUUCUUGGGAGCCCCAGCGUACGGCAGAUCUCUAACCAGUCCGCGGAACGAGCAGCAAGAAGCAGCAACAUCAGCAACAGGUGCAGCAGCAGCAGCAGCAACAGCAGCGAAAACUGCAGCAGCAGCUGCAGCGUCACCAAUGGCCAAAGACACACCGAAAGCAACGGCAAAUCCUGCAACAGCAGCUCCUGCUGCUGCACCAGCAGCUACAACACCUCCCGUGGAGGCAGCAGCAGCUCAAGCAGAGCCUGAAGCAGCAACAUUAGCAGCGGAAGCAGCAGCAGGCCAGCCACAGCCGGAAGCAUUGACAGCAGCAGAAGCAGCAGCAGCGCAGCCACAGCCGGAAGCAUUGGCAGCAACGGAAGCAGCAACAGCUCCGGGAGAGUCUGAGGCAGCAGCUCAGGGAGAGUAUGAAGAAGCAGCAGCAGCUGAGGGAGAGUGUGAAGGAGCAGCAGCAGCAGCCCAGGUACAGAUUGAAGCAGCAGCUGCAGCAGCACAGGAAGAGCCUCUAGGAGCAGCAAUAGCAACACCAGAAGCAGCAGCUGAAUACCCGGACCCAGCAGCAGCAGUGACACUAGAACCAGCAGACUCGGCUGCAGCAGCAACUGCAGAAACACCUGUUGCACCUGCAGCACCAGCAUUUGUACCAGCAGCAGCAAGUGAAGCAGUAGCAGCAGAUGAAGCAGCAGCAGCAGAUGAAGAAGCAGCAGCAAAUGAAACAACAGACGCAAAUAAAGUGCCACAAACAAUUGAAGCAGCAGCAGCGAACGACGCAGUAGCAGCACCUGAGCAACCAGCAGCACCUGAACCAGUAGCAGCAAAUGAAGCAGCAGCAGCAGAUGAAGCAGCAGCAGCAAAUGAAGCGGCAGCAGCAAAUGAAGCAGCAGCAGCAGAUGAAGCGGCAGCAGAUGGAGCAGCAGCAGCAGAUGAAGCAGCAGCAGCAGAUGAAGCAGCAGCAGCAAGUGAGGCAGCAGCAGCAAAUGAAGCAGCAACAGCAAAUGAAGCAGCAACAGCAAGUGAAGUAGCAGCAACAGAUGAAGCGGUGGCAGCAAAUGAAGCGGCAGCAGCAGAUGAAGCAGCAGCAGCAGAUGAAGCGGCAGCAGUGGAUGAAGCCGCACCAGCAAACGAAGUAGCAGCUACACCCGAACCAUCAGCAGCAAACGAAGCGAAAGAAGUCCCUGAAACAGCAGGAACACCUGAACCGGCAGCACCUGCACCUGAAGCAGAAGCAGCAGACGAAGUACCAGCAGCAAAUGAAACAGCAGCAGCAGAUGAAGCAGCAGCAACAACUGAAACUGCUGCAGCACCUGAACCAACAGCAGCACCUGAACCAAAAGCAGCAAGUGAAGCAGCAGCAAGUGAUGCAGCAGAAGCAGCUGAACUAGAAGCUGCAAGCGAAACAGCAACAGCACCUGAACCAGCAGCAGCAAAUGAAUUGACAGCAGCAGAAUCAGGCGAUGUGGCAGCAGCACCUAAGCAAGCAGCAGCAGAUGAAGCAGCAGCAGCACUUGCCCCACCAACAACAUCCGCAGCAACAGUGCAGAUAGCCAAAUCCCUCAACAGCGAUGACGUAAACGACGCAUACACCCAGCAGCAAGAUAUGCAACAGCAUCAGCAGGCGCAGCAGCAGCAGGAGCAGCAGGAGCAGCAGGAGCAGCAGCAAGAGCAACAGCAACAGCAGCAACAGCAACAGGAACAAAACCUGCAGCUGGAGCCGCUGCUGCAGCAGGACUCCGAACUUCUGCAGCAGGAGCAGCAAAAGCUGUACGGGCACCUUUGGCAGCCUGCACAGCAGCAAAAGCGGCAGCAGCAGCAAGUAGCUGCGCGGAGGAGCACGUGCAGCAGCUGCACCAGUAACAGCAGCAGCACCAGCAGCUCUUCGCACUUCAGCAGGCGAAGACGUACGGAGGACAGCAGCACCUCCUCUUUCUUGCUGCAGCAGCAGCAGCAGAGACAGAGACAGCAGCUACAACAGCAGAGGCAGCCGCAGCAACAACAAGAACUUUUGGGCCUGCAGCAACAGCACCAGGAGGAGGACGAGCAGCAGCAAAAGCAGCAGCAGCAGCAGCAACAGAAGGAAGAAGAGGAGGCGGAACUGCAGAGGAAGCUACAACUGCAGCGGAAGGUGCACUUGGGAACUGAAAUGACAGCAGCUGCAGCGGCAACGGCAGCAGCAGCGGCUGCAGCACAGGCAGCAGCAGCAGCAGCAUUGCGGAGGGAAUCGGUCCGGCAGGAGCGCUUGAAUGCACUGCACCUUAUGUCUUCAACCGGUGUGGCUGCUGCUGCUGCUGCUGCUGCGUCUGCGGCUGCCCUUGCUGCUUCCGCCGUUGCUGCUACGUUUGAUGUUGCUUGUGCUUGA